AUGAUCAGUGUUAAUAAUGACACAGAUUUUCGCUUCCGCAAAGCUCAAUUUGAUCCAGGAGAUUGUCCAAUUGAUUGUUCAAGACCAUCUGAAAGAGUUUGCCCUGCUGGUGCAAGUAAAUUUGAAAGCUCAAUUCAUUACAAUGAUGUGCCUCUUAAUGCUAGCUACAUUGCCAAGUUUCUGGUUUUUCCCAAGGUAGGAGUAAUUAGCGAACGUUGCUAUGGUUGUGGCCAUUGCCUCCCAGUUUGUCCAUAUGGCAAAAUCAGAGAAAAUACAUAUGUUAGAACCAAUGCUGCUAUUACAGAGCUUCUCAUGAGAAGCGAUGUACAUACCAUAGAGAUACACACAAGUGCAGGGCAUCGUGAUUCAUUCAAGGAAUUGUGGAAUAAUCUAUCAAAUUUUGUGGAGCAACUGAAGCUUAUUGCAGGACAUAUCGUAUCCAGUCCAGACUGA